AUGAGCACCUCCCAGGGUUUAAAUACUGCAAGCGCCGCAUCAACAUCAUCGUCGGCUGGUACGACGACGACAAACACAACUCCAACGCUUACAAAUGGUGGCUGUGCCGCUACAACAACAUCAACAUCUUCGAACUCCUCCGUAUCAUCAUCAGUAGCAGCGGCAGCAGCAGCCGGGUCAUCUGGCAGCAACAAUGAACGCAAACAACGUCUUUUUAUAACACACGUCGACUCCUUGGGACCGUAUUUAAAGAUCAGCGGUCAAUUAAAUCCCGAUGCCAUGAAUGUAGUGCGCAUGCAGGUUCAAAAAAUCUUACCCAAAUGCUAUACAAUUGAACCAUCAUGGCCGGUCGCCAGACAACAGGCCCUUUUGUUACCGGGUGCCAUGUGUCUGUAUAAACGUAUUAAUGGCGCCGCACCGGCAGAUUUUGAAUUUGUUCGCUCACGCAUUACAAAAGUCAUCAAUACAGCCACCCCAGCAGCGCAAACACCGCCAAAAGUGGAAAUAGAUAUUAUUGAUUAUGGCUGUACUGCAACAGUGGUCAGUUAUGAGUUGCUAUUUCCACAAAAUCCAGAAGAAAUAACAAAUGUCCCAACUAUGUGCUCGCAAUAUAUAGUUUUGGGCAUUUGUGAAGACUGGAAGAAAACACAAUUAGAUGAAUUGACACGAAUGAUUUCACAUCAUACCGUAGAGGUUUCCAUUAUAAAAGAAUUUAAUCAAUUUAAAUUCAUAACAAUGAAAUGGAAAGAUUUCAACAUCGCUGAAUUUCUAAUUCAUCAAAAGGCAAUGGGUGCACCCAUUGCCAACGAUUUGUUAUUUGAGAAUUUUUCGAAAAUACUCAAGCAACAACAACAAAAACAGCAGCAGCAAGCUGCCGCCCUCAAUAAUAAUAAUAUGCCAAGUUUAAAUAUGAAUAAUCAACCGAAGAAUGUGCAGAACAGCAACAGCAACAACAACAAUAACACAAAUUAUUACAAUAAAAAUUAUCAACAACAACCGCAGCAAAAGCCAACAUCUGUUGUACCACCACCAAUACUGAAUUCCAAUAACAAUAAUAUGGCAGGUGGUUUGGCACAACAACAACAGCAAAUUUUGGCUGCCGGCAGAAGUUCUCUAUCGGCACGUCUACAACAAUUGCAGCAUCCACAUUUGCAGCAACAACAUAUGCAGCAUAUGGCCGCUGUGCAGCAUGGUAAUAUGCGAAACAUUAUGAUGUCCGGUCCAGUGCAGCCACGUAUGCCUCAGUCUAUUGGUAAUCUACGGUCAAUGAUGCAAGGCAUUCAUUUACAAAAUAAUCGCAUUCCUUUUACCGGCUUACAUUAUGCUCAACAACAACCUCCGCCACCACAUCAUCAUACAUUGGUAUCUGCCGCCGGGACACCAGGUGGUGGUGUUGCCUACAAUGGUCUGCCUGGUGUUAUGCCAACCUCGGUGCCACAAUUUAAUAUCUAUAAUGCACGCUAUCAAAGGCCACCACCACCCCAAACUGCUGCAGCACAUCUUCAACAGCAGCAGCAACAACUUGGCGGUAUGAAUAACGGCAUCAUGGCACCUACCGCCACAACACCUCUUUCACCACCACGACGCACCACACCAGCCACAUUUAAAUCGAAUAAUUUGGUAGUCGGACAAAUUUACGAUGUCAGCAUUAGUUUUGUUGAGAAUGGUCCCUUCCUAUUUUCCGUCCAAUUGAUAACCCAUCAAGAUGAUUUGACCGAUAUGAUGAAUCGCAUCGAAAAAGUGGAGUUGAAACCGUUUAGUGAUAAACCCAUGUUGGGUACUGCUUGCAUUGCCCGCUACUCGGAAGAUGGUCAGCUUUAUCGGGCGCUCAUUACUGGUGUCCAGCCAAUGGCAUGUAAGGUGGCCUACAUUGAUUAUGGCAAUGCUGAAAUGGUACAUUUCAGAGAUUUAUAUGAGAUUCCAGAGGAGUUUUUGAAAUACAAAGCAUUUGCCAUACGUUUCACACUGUCGGGCCAUAAAGAAUUGGAGCCCAUCGAUGAUAGUCUAAAGAAAGCCUUUAAAGAUUUGGUUAUCUAUAAGAAUUGUAAACUAAAGGUAAUGCCUCUGGAAGGACCACCCUUAGUUCAGUAUUGUGAAUUGUAUAUGCAGGAUAAGAAUAUUUUACAUGUCCUCAGGCAAAUACAGAAGACACGUUUGGUUUAUGCCAAGGCAGAGCCUUUGCGUAGCAACGACGUGGUGGAAAUUCGAUAUAUUGAUUCUCCCAAGAAUUUCUAUGUCCAAAAGGUAGAGAAUAUCCCGGCCUUUGAGAAGCUAAUGGAUGAUAUGUUUUUGUAUUACAAUAAAAAUCAAAAUGUACCCAAUCACUUGGCAUUGGGUGCCCCCUGUAUUGUGAAAUAUGAAAAUGAAUGGUAUCGAGCUGAGGUGAUGAGAGCCGAUGCCACUGCCAUUAUUGUGCGCCACGUUGAUUUCGGUUACGAACAAAAGGUCACCAAGAAUUUGUUGAGUACCAUUGCCGAGAAACAUUUGAAGCUACCACGCCAGGCUGUGCAAUGCUGCCUGAAGGGAUUCGAAAAUAAUGAAUUGAGCAAAGAUUUGGCCACAACACAAUUUGAAAUGUUGGCCGAAGAAUCAAAUCGUGAACGUCGUUCAUUUACCGUCAAAGUAUUCCGCAUUCAGCCGGAUGGUGUUAAUUUGGUUAAUCUCUGCACCAAGGAUUUGAAUGUUAUGAAGAAGUUAUAUAAACUCUCAAUGCCAUUCGAACAAUAUUUGUCAUUGGAAAAGGAAGAUUUCAAUGUACACAAAACAACAGCGGUGAUGCAUGCAGCAGCAGCUGAAAAUGGUCAUGCCAAGACGCCGUCAAUAGCUUCGUCUACAGACAUGAACUCGGUGCAUUCCAGUAAGAAGGGUCAAAUUUUGAAUUCGACCACGGUGCAUAGUGAGGAAUUGCGUAUGCAAAAUAAACAGAAGCAUCAGCAGCAACAACAACAGCAAUCGCAAUAUGCUCAGCAGCAGCGUAACAAUCAAAGUUUCCAGGGUUCGGUUUCCACCACCGAGUGGGAUAAGAAUAGCUCUCACAGUUCAAUGGCUGAGACAAGAGAUUCUCGCUCAACAUCCAGUGAUUUUAAACCCAAUCAACAACAGCAACCCCAGCAACAUUCGCAACGUAAACAAUAUUAUAAAAAUUAUCCCAAUCAUAAACAGCAGCAACAACAACAGCAACAAUAUCAACAGCAUAGCUCCAAUAAUUCGGUGGCAAGUGAUAAACGUAGCAAUGCCAGUAAUUACAGUAGCAACAAGAUGAUGUCAGCCAACACCCCACCCAGAUUCCAGAAUAAACAAAAGCAGCAGCAGCAACAACAAAAACAACAGAGACCACAAAAUGCUCCACAAGGAUUCUCGCAGAAUCAGUUGAAACAGCAUAAUCAACAACAACAGCAGCAGCAGCAACAACAAAAGCAGCAACAGAACAACAAGUCAUUCAACAGUGAAACAUCCAAAAAAUCCACAGAUACUUCCAGUGAAACUUCAAAGAAAUCCCAAGAAAAUGCAUCCACAAAACAGCAACAACAACAACAAAAAGAAGCACCCGUAUUUAACUUUGUACCCCUCAACAAGGCAUUCCCUGUGAAGCCAUUAGACACACCAUGCCGUGAAGAAGUUAUUAUAUCAUGGUGGAUAUCACCACAUCAAUUCUAUACACAAUUAAAAUCACGUUCCGCUGAAUUUGAACGUUUCAUGAAAGAAAUACAACAAUUCUAUAGCAAGUUGCCAUUGCAACAAUUGCAAUUACGUGUUGGAUCCUAUGUAAUGGCCCGCCAACGUAAGGAUAACAUUAUUUAUCGUGCACGGAUAUUAGCCUGCAAUCAAAUGUUACGGAAGUAUAAAGUCCACUUUGUUGAUUUUGGUAAUAUGUACACCGUCACCUCGGAGGAUAUAUGGCCGGUGGAAAAGAAAUUUGCCGAUUUCCCCAUUAUGGCCUAUUUGUGUGGUUUCGAUGGCAUUGUAUCGAAUUAUGAUCAUUUAUACAUCAUUGAUCGAAUGGAUAAGUAUUUGCCACAGGGCGUUACCCUGCAAUGUGAAUAUAUUGAAAAGAAUACACAAAACGAUUUGUAUUUCGUUAAUGUUAUGGUCAACAAGGUGUCGCUCAAGGAGACAUUGAAAAACGAGAAAUUGAUAACCGAAAUUUGUCCAGAAUUACGUUUGGAAUUAUUGGCUGGCCAACAGAUACGUGCCAAAAUAUCUUCCAUCAAAGAUAUGCUUAACUUUAAAAUUGAAUUACCUUUCUAUGGCUGUGAUAAUAUCAAACACAUUGAGGUCUUGUGUUCCUACGAUGAUGUACGUUUUGUUAAAUCCAAUCAGGAUAUUGCCAAAAAAUUCAAACAAUUCUAUGUGGGCAAAUCGUGUGUUUUCAAUAUCAAGGAUGUCAAUGAUAAUAAAGUAAUUCUUCUGCGACCGCUGCUUCCCUUACUCAAAGAGGAUAUACCCUGGUAUAUUUGUACUGCCCCCAUUCUCUUGGAUACAUUUAAGAUUCGCGUGGGCUAUGUAUCGACAGCAUAUCGUGUCUAUGGACAAAUUAUUGCUACCGAAACGGAAAUGGCACAACUUUUGGAUGAUAUGUACAAUCAUUAUGAAAAUCAAGGUACCCUCCUACAAUCCUUUGAACCCGAAAAGGUAUGUGCCGCCAAAGGCAGUGAUGGCAAUUGGUAUCGUGGUCGCAUUCUAAAUAACAAAACUGCCGAUGGCCCUGUGGAGGUCCUAUACAUUGAUUAUGGCAACACCGAAAUGGUCGAGAAGAAAGACCUAAAACAAUUGGAAGAGAAAUUCUAUUUGAAUAAGAAUGCCUAUGGUGUGGAAAUUAAUUUGCCGAUGAAGACGCUAUCGGCUGAAAUGCAACAAAAACAAAAGGGUAAAAAAUCAGGAAAUAAUCAAGCAGCAACAAAUGGAGCUACAAAUGAAACCGACAUUGCGGUCAUUAACAAAUUGACCAGCCUAACAUUGGACCAGGAGAUAACCGUAAAAUGUCUGGAGGUGAAAAAUAAUCAUUUAAUUGCUGAAUUGAUAAUGGCUGAUGGUCGUAACAUGAUUGAUAUGUUGAAGGGUGAGAAAUUGAUUAAAUCACGUGAUUUGGACUUUAUGCGUAAACUUUUGGAGAAGGAGAAACCAAAUCAAUUGGAAUAUAUUGAAUGUGUGGAUUUGACCAUUGAAGAUGAGGAAGAGGAAUCUAACAACUCUGCUGCUACGGCUGCUAUUGUGGCAGUGGUUGGUGAUAAAAAUAAAAAUAAGAAACCAGCUUCGCCAAAGAAAAAGAAGGCAGUAAAGGAAGCUGCAGUGGAAAAAGAAAUUAAACCAGUAGAAGUUAAGGUGGAAGUAACAGAGAAAAAGGCCGAACCUGCUCCAAAGGCAGAGGAGAGUAAAAAAUCAAUUGUUUCCGAAAAAUCCAAUGAAGUGGAAAAACCAGCAACUGCUGUUGUUCCUCCUCCUACUCCUGCUGCUGCACCCGCUAAAGAAGUCACCCCUACACCGGAAAAAUCAAUUACACCCGAACCUGUGGUCAAUCCCUUUGCCGACUGGGAACAUGCUGUCCUGGCCCAUUGUGACAACCCCGCCCAAUUCUUCAUACAUCCCAUGGAUAAGGUUAAGGAUCUACAAAAACUCCAAGAAAAUCUACAAAUUGUGGCCAGUUCUUUGCCACCCCUGAUGCGUGUCAUAAACGGUGCCUAUUGCAUUUCCAUGUACUCGGUCGACAAACAAUGGUAUCGUGCCAAAAUCCUCGAUGCCGAAUUAAUGGUCUUGCAGUUUAUCGAUUUCGGCAACACAGAUUGCGUCUCCGAUUCCACAGAUCUCAAGGAAAUGUUGGUCUUCCCUGAUGUCGAGCCAUUGUGUAUACCCUGUGCUCUACCCAUACGACCAAAUGGCAGCUUGGACUGGCAAGAUGCUGCCAAUGGCAUCUUCAAUGAUUCGUAUAACAAAAUAUUGGAUUAUGAAUUCAUAACCCACGGCGAACAAUUCAAAAAGAGUUAUCUCAACCUAUACAUCGAGGGUGUAAAUGUCACCGAAAAGCUUAUUGAAAAUGGUUAUGCCAAACCAUUGGAAUUGGUUGAGUCGGGUUUGAAUUGUUACAUCUCACACGUGAAUGGUAUAUCCGAUUUCUAUAUCCAAUAUGAAAAGGAUUCGAAGGGCUUGGAAUUGAUUGAAAUCUAUUUGGCCGAUAACGAAAAGUUAAAGAAAUUGGAGAAAUUCGAAAAGAACAAAAUUGUGGCUGCCCUCUUCCCCGAUGAUGAAAUGUGGUACAGAGCCAAGUUGUUGAGACAGGUGCCAGAUGGUUAUGAAGUCCUCUUCAUUGAUUAUGGCAAUACAAGUAUCAGUCCCGAGUGUAGAGAAAUUUCCCAGGACAUUGCUGAAUUGCCACCUUUGUCAAAGAAAUGUGCAUUGGAAGUACCGGAGAAUUGCAAAUCCUGGUCCGAUGCGGCAGAACAGAAAUUCAUGGAAAUUGCUGACACCGGUGAGACAAUCUUCAGUGUUGAAUUACGUGAACCAGCCAAGGAUCACGCCAUUGUCCAUUUACUUAUUGAUGGCCACAACAUCAACAAUGAUCUGCAGGAGUUGUGUGAAAAGAAACCUCUGGCCGAAACUGGUGCCGACUUGAUGAACACCAGUUUCAACAGUUCAUCUUUGCAGACAUCUGUUUGUGAAACGGAAUGCUAUCAUGCCUUUGUGUCACAUGUCAAUUCACCGUGCGAUUUUUAUGUACAAUUUACACGUGACACUGCUCAGCUGGAAGAGAUGACUCAGGUGUUGAAUUCCACAAACAUGGAGGCAUUGGAAAAACCGACAAAGUUACAACUAUGUGCCGCUGUCUAUCCCGAAGAUAACUCGUUGUAUAGGGCACGUAUUGUGGAACUGUUGCCAGAAAACCAAUAUCGUGUUUUGUUCAUUGAUUUCGGUAACGAAGCUGUGACCAGUGAAUUGAAAACUUUGCCCCAGGAUUUAUUGAAUAUUAAGAGCCUGUCGACCCAUUGCCAAUUGGAAAACUAUGCCAAAUUUUUGCAAUUUGGUUCAAUUGCCACUGAGAUUUUCAAUAAUUUAAUAAAUCAAUGGGAGGGCCAAGUGCGUGUUGGUAUGAUCACUGAGGCUGAGGGUAAUGUUCCGGCCAUUGUUAAAGUGUUGGCCUUGAAUGGCAAUGAAAACCUCUGCGAUUUACUGAACAAACAAUUGGGUUUGGAUCACAACACACAAACAAUGACCCAAGAAGCUGUGAUGACCGAAGAAGAACUGCUCAAGGCCAGCAAAACCUGUCUCAUCUCCCAUGCCAUAUCACCAUCACAUUUUUACAUACAACUUAAAUCGAAUUCCGGAAAAAUGGAACAAUUGGCCAAAUCACUGAGUGGUCAUAAAGUCAAGUCGGACUGUGUCGAGUUAAAACAAGCCGAAUUGGGUAUGGUUUGUGUCGUCUUUUCCACCGAAGAUGAUCGUUAUUAUCGUGGACGCAUUGAAAAGAUAUUGGCCGAUGAUAAGGGCUAUGAAGUAUUCCUUUUGGACUUUGGCAAUACGAUUGUAUCGACGGAUAUACGCGAAAUGUCGGAGGAGCUAAGAGCCAUACCCUCAAUGGCCUUGCGUUGCCAAUUGAAUAACAUUCCCUCAAAUGUCAGUGAAUCGGUGUUGGAGGAACGUUUUGCCACUCUCAUAGAAAGCCACUUUGGUGAUUAUUACGACAUUGAAGAAGAUGUGGUAGCGGAUGAGGAAUCCCGUCUCCACAUCGUGAAGUUGCAAGUCAAUUACAAAGAUUUAGCCGAAGAGUUACAGAAGGCUGUGGAAAGUGAUGCAGCCGGCAUUGAGGAAGCAUUCUCACCCCUACCCGAAUUACAUGAUUGCAGUAUCAUUCAUGUCAAUUCACCACAAUCGUUCUAUGUUCAGCUGAGUAAAGACGUCUCUGCUUUGGAAAAGGUCACUGAUGUUUUGCUCGAUGCUGAAAGUGAUUUUGCCGAAUUUACCGAUAUUAGUGUGGGGGCUUUGUGUGCUGCUGAAUUUCCCGAAGAUGGUGCCUAUUAUAGAGCAGAAAUUGUUGCCCUCUUGGAGGAUAAUAAAUGUGAGGUGCAUUACAUUGAUUUUGGCAACAACUCCGUAACUGAUAAACUGCGUAAAUUACCCGAGGAUUUGUUGAAAUUGGAACGUUAUAGCAAACAUUGUUCAUUGGAUUCCACCUGUCCUCAAACGGCUGAGGUACAGCAACAAUUUGCCCAAUUUGUUGAUACGCGAUUCUCGGAAACAUUCCAAUUGGAAUUUUUGAAAUCCAGUGAUGCUCUGAAUAUUGUACGGCUGUUCUAUCAGGAAAAGAAUGUCAUCCAGGAAUUGCAAAAUCAGAUGAUGAAUGGUGGUGGUGCUGCUGAUGGUGGCAAUGAUGCCAGCAGUGGUUUGGGUACCUUGAGCAAUGGUUUUGACGAGGGCAUUGAACAAGAACAAGCAGAAAAGCCAACAAAUGGUGAUGUGGCGGAGGCUGCAGAAACCGAAGAACAAAAACAAGAGCAAUAA